AACACAACAAACUCGCCACUCCUCCGUCUCCCAGGCGAGCUCAGAAACCGCAUCUACGAGCUUGUCCUUGGUGGAAAUGUCUUCCCCAUGACGCAUCUAGACCUACCUCGUCAGCCCGUGAACUAUCGCAUCUUUGGCUUCCUUCUCGUCUGUCGCCAUAUCCAUCGCGAGGCGCGCUGGACAGUCUUCGAGACCAACACGUUCACUUUCGCGUUUCCUCCCGAGCGACUUCGACAUUACGAAACCAUAUACGAUAGUCUGAGCCCGCGAGCCAAAGCCAGCAUCCGGUGCAUUCGUAUC